AUGUCGGCACUCAAGCGGGUCGUGGACGUACUCAAGAAAAAGAAGGAGCGGAAGGUGAUGGCGAAGCAUUCAUCGCCAAGCGCCACGAACCGCGAUACUUCCCGGAUGAACGGCGCCGAGAUGGUAGUCCUGAUUGGCGAACUGGUGGAGGUCGGUUGGGCGGCACUCAAACGCAUGGACAACUUACUGAAAGUUGUCAAGAACUCGAAAGAGUUUGUCUCAAAGUCGGACAAGCUUUCCAUGGCGCUUUUCAAGGAGUGA